AUGGAAAACCAGCAAUACGUGAGUUUACAUCAUUUUACAACAUGUUCACACAUGGUCCUUCUCGAUGUUGGUGUGCAAAAAGACACGAACCAGCGGUACUUCGUGAUUUUUCGAGUAAUUGGAAGUGAAGAGCCACCUAGAUGGGAUGUUGCCAUGACGUUUCGAGCAUAUGCUUGCACCUAUAUGAUUGUGCUCGCCAUGUAUCUUAAUACUCUUCUUUCGAAACAUGCUCUCUCUAGAAUGGAUACGACGUCCGAGGAUAUGGAUACUUUCAUGAAGUACGACGAACAAAAGACACAGGAUCAGGAUGAUUUUGGAAGCGAGGAAACUGAUACUAAGAACGAGAGGAUUCCCGGACGCGUCAGGAAUGAUAGAACCCUAAGAUCGGCUCGCAUGUCAAUUCGUCUACCAAGAGCUCCUAAAGGUCACCACGUUGAGGAGCUCGACCAAAUGGAGAAAUUCCUCGCCGAAGACGACGUGAGCGUUGCUGAGAAAUAG